AAUAACGGAGGGGCGUGCUGCUGGCGGUUUCUGUGGAGUCCGAGGGGUGAUGGAGAGCGGCUCCCGCCCAGGAGCGGGGGAUCCGGCCUCGGCUGGGCUCCAGCCCGGCCCCGCUUGCAGAGCCAGCACCGCCAGGUGUGCGUUUACCUGCCCGGCCCCCUCGGCGGCGCUGGGCGGAGGGCAGCCCGCGGAGACACAUUCUCGAGCUGCUUCUAAGAGUCAGAUACCCCAGCGGUGCAAGGAGGUAGAACUCCACAAGGCUCUCAGUUCAACAGGCCUAGAGAAUGAAUUGUACAAAACCACCAAGCAGAGGCAGAUGAAGACUAUGGAUCCUGCUGUUAAGAAGAACAUUAAAAAGAGCUACAGACCGUUAAAUCAACAUAAAGCUGAGGAAGAGCUCAAAGAGAAGAACCAGCUGUUAGAGGCAGUUAACAGGCAGUUACACUUGAAGUUGACUGAAAGCCAGGGAGAGGUGAAGGUGCUGACUCAAAAGGUGGAGUUGCUGGAGAAAUCUCAGGAUAGCUACUUGGCAAUUUUGGAAAGUGGCAAUAUCGACCCAGUUACAGGCAGACAGAUCCUGGAAAAGCAGCAAGAAACAGUGAAAUGUCAAAUGGAGUCUGUGUUGCUCUUGGAAAGUCUAAAAGAUGAACUGAAGCUUUUUAACCAGACAGCUACAAAGCAGAUGGAGGAGUUACAGGCAUUGAAAGUUAAGUUGAAGAUGGAAGAAGAGGAAAGAGCUGGUUUCCUAGAAAAACGGGCAGCAUUUAACAACAAAAGAGAUGAUUUCACAGCCACCCUUGAGCAAAUGGAACGAUUACUAUCACUUUGAGAAGAAAGGGAGUUCAUUCUUUCAGCUAAGGUCAAACUAUAAAAACAUUUUCUUAAGUUUUCCUAGGAGAGGAUUUCCUUACUCCCCCAACUAAAAUAUCAUCAGAAACAAAGUUGGGAUGAUCCAGGUUUGUACUGAGGGGCAUUCCUGCCUUAUAAGCCUAUGUUGGCCAAGCAGCCAGAUAAGUGAAUCAUCUAUUGGUGGAGAGUCUUAAGAUCCAACAAGGAAAGCUGGACCUUUGGGCUGCCUUGCUGUAGUUACUAAGUAAGCAAUGCAGCUCUGAGAGCAGAAUCAGAAACUGAAACAAGUUAACAGGACCAAAAAGGAUCAUUUUCAAAUUGGGACUGGAAAUUUGAAAUGUUAAAAAACAGUAUGUGGAGUGGACAAAAAGGAAAGAGAUGCAGAGUCCCAUGUUGUCAUAAUCCCAUUUUAACCACUUUUUUUGAGUUAGAUUUUCCUCGUUGGGAUUUAGGCAUAUCUUAUGGCAUGAACUCUACCUUAUGCUACUUCCUUUUUGCUCCCAGCCAAAUUUCUGAACUCGCAGUGGGUUAACAUAGAUUUCCCUAAACAAGGAGGGAAGGUGUAUAGACAGAAGAUUAGCAUCUUCCUGAAAUAAUUAAAUAGAAGAGUGGACUUGGAAUGAAUGCAUUGCUAUGAUUAUCUUGUCCAAAUCCUUUUUUAAAAUUUUAUUAAGCUAAAAUACUUCUGUAAAUAAAUAUUUUUUGACUAAAA